GCGAUGUCGGACCCCCUGGAGCAGCUGAACAACACGAACGCGGCCUGCAAGACCUUGCAAGCCCGCGUCCUCUUUCCCGCCAGCAAGGAGAUUCCGGACAAGAACAUGCACGUGUUCUCCUGCACGCUGGUGUCACAAUCCGGACUGUACACGAAGGGCGAAGCCGUUCUGUUCGGCACGCCGCAACAGCGCGGUAAGGCAGUCGCGGCGCUCACGAACAAGUACAAGAAGGACGGCGUGCACGAGUUCACCAAGAUGAAGAUGCUAGUGAAGAAGCCGCAGUUCCAGUCCUGCCCCCACGCAUUCGUCCUCAACUUGGGUCACAAGCCGCUCGUGUCCAAGCUCAUCACCGGCGCCGCUGCCAACACCCUCCCUUCAGAAGCGGAGCCGCCGAUGACCACCUUCGACUUACUCGAGUUGGAAACCAGCCAGCUCGUCGACGUCACAGCCGUCGCUACCAAUGUGUCGGGCUCCACAAGCGCGACGGAGGGCAAGUCCAACGUCAAGGUGACCCUGUCGAAUGCAUCAGGCAUAGAGAUACCGCUCAUUUUCCGAGACGACACCCGGCAUCUGGCAGGGGACAUCGACACGUUCAAGCCACUCUACGUAUACAAUGUAUACCUCGUGGUGGAGAGCUCCGGCGGCCGCCACUUGACCGCCCGGAAGGAGACGCUCGCGGUGCCGGCGUCCGGCGCCCGGCCCAUUGCCCGCGCGCUUGGAACCAGCAAUGUGCAAGCCCUUCCUGCCGAAAAAAAAGAAUGCUUAUCCAAGUGGGAAAGCAGCGGCAACUGGGAGGACGGGGCGGCAUGCAGCGCCCACACUGGCAUCCUGGAGUGCGCCACGCACUUCAAGCGCGCGUUAUCCCACACGCUCUUUGAGAUCACCGGCGCCCUGGUCUCCCUGCAAAGCGCAGACGCCGCGGACCUCCUCACCAAGGACAAGACUCGCAUCUGGGCCAAGGUGGACAUCACGGACUUUGCCAACACCGUCACUGCCGACAUGCCUGAGAGCGUCGCACUCACACUCACGGACACGAAGGACAAGGACGAAUUCCUCCAGCAGGCGACCUCUGGCAGUCUCGCGUUCACAAGAGCGCGCCUCCGCGUGCGGUUCGACACACCCGCGGGGAGCACCGUGCCUUCGCUGAGCGUCGUGGCCGCCAAGUGCCGGCACUUCGACGUGCCUGAGCCCAACCUCGUCCCCCCGAGCGACGCGCGCCUAGUGCCCGUGCAGUUGACCUGGGCGUCCCAGUCCCCCACGGGCCUCAUCAGCAUCGCGCUCCCAGGAGAAGGUGGACGACGUCUUGCCAGCGGCAUCCUCGCGCUCAUCGUCGGCGCCAAAGAGCCCAAGACGGAGCCCGCCGCCGACGGCUUCGCUAUUCGCAACUUCGUCACGGAGGCGUGCGGCGACCACAUGGACCAGCAGUGGGAAACUGUGACGUCUGCUCCCGCAAGCCGUUUGGCAUACUACGCGCUCCCGCGGAAGGAGGUAGCUCUCGUGCGCGUGACCCACAUCGACGUGGCCGCGAAGGUCCUCACCGUCGCGGACAUGUGGAAACAGCCCACUGGCAUGUCCUUCGACCCCUGGACGGCCGAGAUGCAGGCCACGAUGCAGCUCCUCAAGACGCCCCCCCACACCCUCAAGAGGAAGCUGGACGACUUCGACCCAGAUCUGCAGGGCAUGAUCGCUAAGCGCAUGCAUACUACGUUCGGUGAGCCCGCGACGCCCAUGUAGUGUCGUCCCGACCGGCUCUAAGGCGCCACUUUUCCAUCCAAGCUGCGCCCCGCUAUAUGCAAUCUCUUCGCAGUUUGCGGGCGCCGCCACUCUUGCCGACCCAAGAC